UACAGUCUCUAAGCGUGGAGACGGAACGGACGAGCGAGAGACCACGGAAGAGUCUAUAAACUGUACUGAGACUGGGCCUCCUGUGUCGAAAAAGGACAACUGAUAACGAUAUAUAUAACGAAACCUUUCUUUUUCAUCCAAACUUUAAGGCAUAAACAAUGUCUUUACAAGCUAUCAAGUAUAGUAGAGGAAGUCUUGAAGUUCUGAACCAACUUCUCCUGCCAAAUGAAUUGAAAUAUGAUGAGAUUUGUAAAGUUGAAGAUGGAUGGAGUGCGAUACGAUCCAUGAAGGUGCGAGGUGCUCCUGCAAUUGCUAUUGUUGGUGCCUUAAGUCUAGCAGUUGAAAUCUUCCCAAUGACUUUCAAGACAUUUGAGGACUUGUCAUCUUUUGUCAGGGAAAAGCUUGAAUAUUUGAAAACAGCAAGACCCACAGCUGUGAACAUGACUGAGGCAGCAACGAGUUUGAACAAGUUUUUGGCAAAUAUGCCAGACAAUACUGAACCAGAGAAAGCCAAGCUUAACUUGCUUGAAAAAAUUGAAUCAAUGCUGUCAAAAGAUAUUGCGGAUAAUAAAGCAAUAGGAAAGCAUGGAGCUUGCCAUAUGAUUGAAAAUAUUGAAAGCAAAGAAAAGUUAAGGAUUUUGACACAUUGCAACACUGGUUCCUUGGCGACUGCUGGAUACGGAACGGCAUUAGGUGUGAUAAGGAAACUACAUGAAAUUGACAAGCUGGACCAUGUAUUUUGCACUGAAACACGUCCCUACAAUCAAGGCUCCCGCCUCACUGCAUAUGAAUUGGUCUUUGAAGAAAUUCCAGCUACACUCAUAGCUGAUUCUAUGGUUUCCAUGGCAAUGAAGCUUAAGGACAUCAGUGCUGUUGUGGUAGGAGCAGACAGAGUGGUUGCUAAUGGAGAUACAGCUAAUAAGAUUGGUACUUAUCAACUGGCCAUAUCAGCAAAAUUUCAUUCAAUUCCUUUCUAUGUGGCUGCACCAACCACGUCUAUUGAUCUCACACUUAACAGUGGCAAGGAAAUAGAGAUUGAAGAAAGGGUGGCUAAAGAGUUAACUCUCUUCCAGGGUAUUAGCAUUGCUCCACAUAACGUCAAUUGCUGGAAUCCUGCAUUUGAUGUCACAAAUUCUGAGUUAAUAACUGGUGGUAUUAUUACAGAAUUUGGUGUUUUCUCUCCGUAUGACCUUAAGGCCAAAAUCAGUAAUUUAAGCCACAAAAAAUAGAAAUUGAAGUGUUAGGGAAAAGUCUUCCACGGUUGAUGUUUCAAACUACAAUUUCUAAAUUGAUCCUAUGGUUUCCAUGGCAAUGUAAUUGAAGAACAUGUUUCAGAACUGUUGCGUUGAGAGCAGAGUGGCUCCAUGCAUACAAAUGACGAUACAGCCAAGCUAGCUAUAGCUAUAUCAGGUUUGUUCAGGGUUCGUGCUAACCUUUUUUAAAUCCUUGAAAAGCCCUGGAAUUCAAAACCCAUUUUUAAGUGCACUUGAAAAGUCCUUGAAAAUAGCAAAGUUGCUGGAUACUCCUGGAAUAUUCCUUGAAUUUGUUACAGUUCCUUGUAACUUAUUAUGAUCAGCUACUUUUUUUUGACAAUUCCUUUUUGUUAUUUCGAUUGUAACUUCAGGUCACUUACAGUAUGUAUUUGCUAUUUUCCAUCAUUUUAAUCAAUCAUAUCGAGUUUCAAAACCUUUGUUUAUGUAAAAUUUAAAUAAAAGUCAUUAAUAUA